AUGGUACCGAGAACAACUGUAACAAAGUGUUUGGAUAUUUUGCCCGGAUAUCCUGAUUCCGUGUCGCUAUCUGACUGCGGUAACUACUAUGCCUACUUUGACUCCAGAGUGUCAAGCACCCUGGUUAUCGGGCACACUCAAACAGACGAGCUGAGACGAAUCCAAAUACAAGAAGAAGUCACCAAUGGGAGAAUUGUAUGGGAAUCAGUGCAUAAUAAUUGCAUCAACUCAAUCAAGGUUGCAAUCGCACUUAAUGAUAAGGUGAUUGUCCUUGACGUAUUGAAUACGGAGUUCAAGACUUCGAUCCAAUGUCCACAGCUCGAGUCGUGUUUCUGGAUGAAAUCCAGAAAGAAUGAAUCACGUCGAGAUGUGCUGGUGGCACAGUGUGGAGAUGACCUGAAGUUUUAUGAAUUCGAUAUAUGGAAAGGAGACUAUAGGAAGUCCCUUACUUUAAAUCUUCCUAAAGGAGGCAAGAUAGAACAGAAGCGAAGCUCGGACAUAUUCACGGCUGUGGUUAGAGAAGGAUCCACUGAUAUUAUUCAAAAUUACGCACUCAUAGACCCGCCUCACCGCCUAGCUCUGGCUACUUCCACAGCCAGUAAUUGCAGUUACGAUAUCCAGGAUUUCAAGUGGUCGCCUUGUGGGAACUACCUUCUGGUGAUAGAUUCACCGCUAAGGGGUCUUUCAACCUCCCUAUUUAACUUCCUGAUGCUCAGCACCAACGAGGCACUUGAGUCGUCCAUUGAAGAUUUUCAGAUGGACUCGCUAGGAUCUACAUGUCUGGAGUGGGGAACUAUUCAAGGACUGUCUACGGCAUUCAUAGGCACCAUGGAAGAAGACGUCUACGUGUAUAAGCCUGGAUUUGAUUUGUCGAUGGAGUUCAGCAUCACUCACAGAAGAAUAUUGACCGCGAACCAGAACACAGUCGUAUGGAAACAGCGAACCACAGAACCGUUGGUCCCAAGGGUGGGUCUCACAUUCCAGAAAGUACAAUUGGACCAGAACAGUAUACAGCCGAACAUCCAUCUCGGUUCCCUCGAGCGUGGAGUUCAAUGGAUGAAGUUGAGCGCAAACUCGAACUUUUUGUAUACGCGAGUGAAUAGCAGGCCGGAUGGGUUGUUCAUAUGGGAUCUUAGGAGCCGGCACAAUGAGCCCCUAACUGCGAUUAUCACCAUGAAUGCCAUUAGCCAGAUCGAGGUUGGAGUUCCAGAUAACAUCUACGAUUUGGAGAGUGCAGAUGAACCGGUAAAGAAUGCUCUAGGAGGACUGUUAAUGAUCAACGAUGGGAUCAGCAUCUCAAUGUUCAUCGAGGGAUUGAUGAAAUCUCCAUUGAUACUCGAAACCAAAUUGAGUGGGGAUAUUGAAAAGUUCCAGAUAUCUAGCUGCAAGGUGCUCGGAGCGGUCUGUGUGAUUCAAUUGCUAGCAUGGGAUACUGCUGAGGUUACGAAGCUAGAGGUAAAGUUCGAACUCGAAGCAAAUAGUUUGAGAGAGCCUCAAUCGUUCACUGUCUACUCGGAAACAGCCCAAACAAUGGGCCCACCUUCGAAAGCCAUCAAACUGACUGCUCCAUCCAAGGUUACCAGUCUUAAAAGACCUCUGCAUGUUCUUGAGCAGCUUCAGAACACAUCGCCGCAGGUGGAGACAGACGAUGACACCACUGUGCGGAAGCUGGCUUCUGAUGUCCAGAAGAGAGAAUGGUUCAACCCAAAGUUCAUGAACAGAAACCUAGGCCAGGUUGUUGAUGACAAUGACACGUUUGUCAACAAGAAGAAACGGUUGGAGGGAAGUAAUUGA